UUAAUUUUGCUUGUGCUUGUGAUUUUCCUUAGAAGGAGAGUGGACCUGAUCAAACGAUUAUUAGGUUUAAGAGAGAAUGAAUGAAAAGUAAAAAGGGAAAGUGGAAAACUAUAGAAAUCCGUGGAAAGAACAAAGAACACAAAAGGUUGGUUCAACAUAAUUUCCCGCACAACACGCGUUCGUUCCAUUGGGAGCUCUGUUUCAUCAUCAUCAUCUCACUGCUUCUGAUUCUGAAUUCAACCACUCUCAUGGGUAUCUCAUGGAGUAGCAGAAGAAGAAACAAUUACAUCCAAAACACACCGCCUCCACUCCCACCUCCCCUUUACUAUUACCGUCCCCAAUUCAACCACCCUCCUCCUCCGCUGCCACCGCAGGGCUACUUUCAACCUUCCACAACCACUUACUCCCCCCACAACAACAACAACUAUGCUGCUCCCCCUCCCUUGGUUCCACCGCCACAGACGCCACAGCCGCCACCGCCGCCGCAGACUCAUUCCAUCUCCUUCUAUCACCCCAACCAGAGUGCCUAUACCAACUACGCCAAUUCCGCGCCCAAUCGCCAUCACUACCCACCUUCAUACCACUCUCAGCCUACCCUGUGGCCGGCCGCCACUCGCGCCUCUGCCUCCACUCCUCCACCCUAUGUCGAUCACCAGACUGCGAAGAAGAUACGAAACUAUGUUAACGUCCACAAAGACACCCUGCGCCUCGAGGUUGACCAGGAAAACCCCGAUCAUCAUCUCAUUUCCUUCGUUUUCGAUGCUGUCUACGAUGGCAGCAUUACUGUCUCCUACUUUGCCAAAGAAGAAGAAAAAUGUAGGUUUGUUCCAUUAUUUCCUGAUGCAUUUCAGCCAGUCACAAUACCCUUUCAGAAAGGAGCCGGCCAGACAUUUUCCCAGCCUUCGGGAACAGGAAUUGACCUAGGCUUCUUUGAGUUGGAUGAUCUUUCAAAGUCCUCACCUGGAGAAGAUGUGUUUCCUCUAGUAAUAUGUGCCGAAACAAGUUUGAAAACACCCUCGGAAGAUGAAACUCCGGGUGAUUCUGUUGUAGAUACAUCACCUCACAUGCAAAUAACUCAAGGUGUCUUGGAGAAAAGUAAUGGUGCUGGUUCUUUCCAUAUAAAAGUGGUAAGGCAGAUUUUGUGGAUUGAUGGUGUUAGAUAUGAGUUGAGAGAGUUAUAUGGAAUAGCAAGCUCACCUGCAGCUGAUUUUGACGACAAUGAUCCCGGGAAGGUGUGUGUCAUAUGCAUCACUGAACCAAAGGAUACAGCUGUCUUACCUUGUCGACAUAUGUGUAUGUGCGGUGACUGUGCAAAUAAUUUGCGACUUCGAUCCAAUAAUUGCCCUAUAUGCCGUCAGCCUAUCGAGGAACUUAUACAGAUCCAAGUAAACAAUGACAAUCAAUGAGAUUUUUCUUCUGAUGCCAAGUUGCAGGGUAUUAUCAAUAAAUUCCUUUUAAGAAAUUCCCCCUUUUUUUCAAGUUUGCAGUAAGGUAGUAUAUAUCAAUUUCUUUCUUCUUUUUUUUUUAAAUUUAGUCAAUAAUCUGUUUAUAGUUAUUGUGAUGUGUUCAUGGGAAAAUUAGAUCUUUCGUGAUUGAAGGCGUCGUCCCGUGUCAUCUAUAUUGUACAGGCGAUCAUUUUUCUGUAGUUUGUCUUGAUGGUGUUUAUUGUCUAGAGUUAUCCAUGAAUAAGGGAGAAAUGAGAUAAUACCUUGGUUGGUCCA